UUUAAUGGCGGCUUUCUGAAUUACUGGUAUUUAGUUGUGCAAUCUUUUUAUUUUCCUGUCAAAACGCAGUAUUUCUUGCAACCAACGUAGUAUUUUGUAGUGAAAAUAUUUCCCGGAAGUAUGAGUUCUACUAAGCAGCCUCUGUUUGGUUUGCCACCGCCUUUAAUGGCGAAGAAAUCGUUAAUAACAAAGAACUAUAAUAUCACUAAGAACUCCCUUGGUGUGGGCAUAAAUGGCAGAGUUCUCGAAUGUAUCGACAACAGUACCGGCGAAAAAUACGCACUAAAGAUUCUUGCAGACAAUCCUAAAGCAAGACGUGAGGUUGAACUUCACUGGAGAUCGUCUAUGUGUCCUUAUAUUGUUGGAAUCAAAGAUGUUUAUGAGAAUAAAUAUAAUAAAAAUGAUUGUCUUCUGGUUGUGAUGGAAUGUAUGACUGGAGGAGAACUCUUUGAAAGAAUACAGAACCGUGGAGAUAAUCCUUUUACAGAAAGAGAAGCUGCUAGUGUCAUUAGACAAGUAACAUUAGCAUUGGCUCAUCUUCAUUCAUUAAACAUUGCCCAUCGAGAUCUUAAGCCAGAGAAUCUCUUAUUCAUGAGCAGCCAACCUGAUGCUGUUCUGAAGCUAACAGACUUUGGCUUUGCCAAGGAAACCCCUCCUGGUGGUUUAUCUCUACAAACACCAUGUUACACUCCAUAUUAUGUUGCACCAGAAGUACUUGGCCCAGAACACUAUGACAAAGCUUGCGAUAUGUGGUCUUUGGGGGUUAUAAUGUACAUCUUGUUAUGUGGAUUUCCUCCAUUCUACAGCAAUCAUGGUCUGGCAAUGUCUCCAGGCAUGAAAAAGAGGAUACGACAUGGAGAGUAUGAUUUUCCUAAUCCUGAAUGGAGCAAUGUCUCUCCACAAGCCAAAGACCUUAUCAGGGGGCUGCUAAGAACAGACCCAUCUAAGAGAUUCACUGUGGAAGACGUCAUUGAUAACCCAUGGAUUAAGAGAUUUGCUGAAGUUCCAUCAACACCUCUACACACGUUACAAGUUUUGAAAGAAGAGGAAGAAAACUGGUUGGAUCUUCAGGAUGAGAUGACAAAAGCACUUUCAACAAUGAGAGUAGAAUAUGACCAUGUUACUGUUCUUAAAGACGUCUCUAAAUCCUCAAAUCCUUUACUGAACAGACGAAAAGACCAUACCCCUUAAUAAUUCUAUCCAAAGAUUUUUCAUCCAUACAACUUUUUACUAUUAUAAUAGUUAACAAGGAUAUUACUCCUAAAUCAUUGUCAUUAAUACUGUACAUGGCUUUCAUUCGAAACACCAUUCAUUGACAUAGACACUUUUAUAUUCAUUGGAAGUGUACAUUAGUAUACAUUGGUGAGUGAUAUGAUUGGAUGAAGGUGUUCAUUCCUGCUUUAUGAUUGGUUUGAAAAAUAAUCCAUUUAAUGGUCAUUUUUCUUCCAUUUGAACUCGGGACCAUUCUCAUUCUCAUCUACAGAGUUUGUGUUAUUCUUUACAACUGUGAUUAGAAUUCUUAAAACUGCUUUGAUUUUGGUUGAGGGAAAAUUUACAACAUCCUAAAAUGAAUCCAACAAUUUCAAACCAAACACAGACUACUUAGAAAAGAGAAUGACAGUGCUCUCCUAUAUGCCGUAACAUGGCAUAUGUAGGUAUUAGGUAUUUCAAAAUGUGGAUUGCAGUGGUCAAACAUUUCCUACUGUAGCUGCAUAAUAUACUUAUUUUUAAAUAAUUAGAUACAACGACCAUUAAUUAAUGUAACGUUUAAUUCUAAUUCAUUUAGAAUAGUGUAGACAUUUAAGGUAUAACAUUAAUUUAGUUUAGAUUGUAAUAAGUUAUCUUCCUUGUUUUUUUUUUAAUGCUAACGUUAAAUUUGGAGUAGAAUAUGAUAAGAUAAUAUUAAGUUUAAGAUUACAGAGGUUUCCUAUGGAUAAUCUGUGAUAGCUUUGAACUUCCUAACGAGAAUUUUUUUAAAAAAUCAUUAUUUGUUUUCAUAAAUCAAUUCAAAUUGUCAUAAGCUGUGAAUCAUCUUGGAAAAGAUGCUAUUCAGUCUUUUCUUUGUUUGGAACAUUAUUUGUAAGCAAAAAUGAGUGAUAUAUUCUAUAAGAUGGACGAUUUUGAAAUUAACAAGGAUUCUUGAAAGAGAUUCUUGAAAGAGAUUCUUGAAAGAGAUUCUUGAAAGGGAUUCUUGAAAGAGAUUCUUGAAAGCUAGUACAUUGUACAUUGUGUAUUGAUUCUAAGAUCAUUUCUAUAUUUUAGUCUUAGUAAAAAAAAAUCUUAUUAUUCAAUCUUACAAGAACAAACUAUUUAACUUAGUUAUUAGAAACAUGAGUGUUUGUAUUACAGUACCAUUCUAUCGUCAUACUUGAAGCCCUUACCUUGACGUCAAGUAUUCAUGUCAGCCACAUUGUAAAUGAAUGUGAUCCUAGAACUAACAUUUAUUGAUAUUACUCUAUUGACUAUACUAUGGUCAUACUUGAUGCCCUUACCUUGACAUCAAGUAUUCAUGUCGGCUACAUUGUAAAUGAAUGUGAUCCUAGAACUAACAUUUAUUGAUAUUACUCUAUUGACUGAAAAUAACAAAAAAAUAUUGACUAAAUAUGUAUGCAAAAGCAUUUUCAAUUGUAUUGUAAUAAAUUGAAGAAAAGUGUAGGA